AUGUGGAUGCUGUCUCCCCCUUCUGGUGAGUCUCAAAUAUAGCUCAGUUUCCCACUCACUCUUCCUGUGCUGUUUCUUACUCGUGGAUGGUUUUUGAUGGGUGGAAUAACCUUGCCCACCCCCACCCCCUGCUUGGGAACCAGAGAGGAAGGAAAUUUCCCAAUGUUAUUUCAAAAAACGUAGUCUUGUGACUUGAUUUGAAUUGUUCUGGCAGCCCCUGUGCUGAGGAAUGCUUCCCCAGGGAGGCGCUUCUGACACCUUAGUUGCACUGCGUCUUAUGCUGAAGACUGCACCUCUUUACCCUGGCCACUGACACAUGAAACACACGCACUGUGUCAGGAGACAGCCUGCAAACUGUGCUCAGCUGAUUUCAGUGUUCGGAUUGCAUCUUGAUAGCUCAGUUGGUUAGAGCAUGGUGCUGAGAACAGCAAGGUUGCAGGCUCAAUCCCUGUAAAUGGAUCCUGCAUAGCAGGGGGUUGACCUAGAUCAGAGCUCUCCAAACUUUUCAUGUUGGUGACACACCUUUUAGACAGGCAUCAUUUUGCGACACAGUAAUUCAGUUUUGCAGGGAUGCGGGUGGCACUGUGGGUUAAACCACAGAGCCUAGGGCUUGCCAAUCAGAAGGUCGGCGGUUCGAAUCCCCGCGACGGGGUGAGUUCCCGUUGCUCGUUCCCUGCUCCUGCCAACCUAGCAGUUCGAAAGCACGUCAAAGUGCAAGUAGAUAAAUAGGUACCGCUCCGGCGGGAAGGUAAACGGUGUUUCUGUGCACUGCUCUGGUUUCGCCAGAAGCGGCUUAGUCCUGCUGGCCACAUGACUCAGAAAGCUGUCUGUGCACAAACGCCGGCUCCCUUGGCCUGAAAGUAAGAUGAGCGCUGAAACCCCAUAGUUGCCUUUGACUGGGCUUAACCGUCCAGGGGUCCUUUACCUUUUAACUACUGUGUCACAACACACAGUUUGGAAAACUCUGGGCUAGCUGAUACCAGAAGCUUUUCUUUUGGGAAUUAUAGGGACAGAACUACCUAAAUUAUAUAGAAAUUUAUUUAUGUAUACUACUACAGCAGCAAGAAUGCUACUUGUCCCAAAGUGGGAAGAAGCAGAAGUCCCAGCAAAGGAAGAAUGGAUACAAAAACUUAUGGAAUAUGCAGAAAUGGCAAACUUACCAGAAGAAUAAGAAAUCAAGAUAGCAGACUUUUUAUAAAAGAAUAGAAAUGGUUUAUUGAAUAUUUACAGAUAAAUUGUAAACAGAUAAAAACAUUAGCGGGAUUAUUGUAAUGACCUGCAGUUUUAUAAGAGUAUUUAUUUACAGUAUAUAAUUAAAUGAGCAAGUUAAAUGAACUAAAGGCAGUCCUGUUUAGGGAAGCUUUUAAUGUUUAAUAGGUUAUUAUAUUUUAAUAUUCUGUUAGAAGACACCCAGAGUGGCUGGGGAAACCCAGCCAGAUGGGCGGGGUAUAAAUAAUAAAUUAUUAUUAUUAUUAUUAUUAUUACUACUACUACUACUACUACUUGGAUAUGCAGAAGGUAUUAAAAUAUAAAUUAAAGGAAUUGCAGAAAGAGGGGGAAGGAAGUCAAAUUUUGAAAUGUUAAAUUGAUUGUAAAACUAAUGAAAUGUAUAAAUUUGAAAAGUAUAAAUAAAAAACUAAAAAAAAGAGAGAGAAAGCGAAAUCUCCAGGAUAUUAGGUUGUAUCCAAUGCUAGCCCUACUCUGAGCAGACCCAUUGAAGUUAACAGACACAGCUGACUUGGGCCCAUUAAAUAUAUCUAUGACUCCCAGGCUGAGGAUCCACCAUAUGUCCUCAAAAAAUCAGCACCCUUUAGAUGCCAGUAUCAAAGGCUGGUGCCAUCAGUUUGUUGCGGAUACUGUUUACAGUCAAUCCGUUCUGGGUGUCUCCCACAUCCCCAAGAAGGCAGAAGGGUCAAGUGGUUGCAGAUAUCUGUGAAACAUCCGUUCCUCUCUGGUUCCUCUCCCUUCCGCUCUGUCCUUGGAGGUUUUCCACGGAGCUCUCUGGUCCCAGGCACAACCCGUUCUUCUGAGCUUCGACAAAUCGGAACUGACUUAAUUAUGAUUAUUUUCUACGACUCUUUCAUUACUUCAACGGCCAUCAGCCCCCUGUGCAUAGUAUAAGUACAGAAACCUGCCUCAAAUGGCAGGAGUUGGGAUCCAGUUUGCCGAGGAAAACUGGCUACGCUUAUAUAUUUGUUGCUCAGAAAAAUCCUAGAGCUCCUUCAGAAUUCACGCCUGAUGUGAUCCGGUUUGCCUGAGGUUGUGUGAAUAAUAAUAAUAAUAGCAUGUGGGUGGAUUUUUGCUUUUUUCAGUUUGCUCCAGUGCAGUUAUAAAUAAGCAGAAUGGUGAAGCAUUUGGGGAAGGGGGCAUUUGAACUGUGGUCCAAAACAGUUGGAGGACAUUGGGGAAGACUGGACUGCAAGGCUUAAAGGAAGACAGGAUGCUGUGUCUGUUUGGGAGGUGGGAAGGCAACGGAAUUUGGGGAGGGAUCUUAUGGCGAGGAAACAGGGAUGGAUACUAAGCGUUGCCAGACCUCCACGUCUGACCUGAAGCCUCCAGGGAUGCCUAGCCUCCGCCAGGCGGCAGGUGCAGGUCUUGAAAUCUCCAGGUGGGUGAGAGAGGCUUUUAUAUUAUAUUAAGAAGUGUGUUUAUGUAGCCUGCAAGCUUCAGCCCAGCAGGAGCUGGCUACAAAUUAUAGCAUAGAUAUUUGGGCAGCUGUGUGUGUGUGUGUGUGUAUCUGUAUCUGCCCAUGUCCUCUCCCAAUUAACCUCCGUCUCUCGGGCCUGCCCCUGGGACAUCACUGCCCUCCCCUGUCCCAAUUAACCUCCAUCUCCAGGGGAUGCCCCUCUCCUGUGAUAUCACCAGGGGAUGUCCCUAGGUCUCAGGUUUGGGAUGCUGCUGACAACCCAAAUUGGGACCAUGAACUACACAAACGUCCUUCUGUUCAUCUGGGCAAUGCCAAAGGAUUUCCCCACUUGCCUUGCCUUGCGUAUCUCAAGAUCGGCCUUCAGAUCAUCCAGUGGCCGAGUCCGACUCACAUGUGGCAUGAUGCUGCCUUAGACAAAGAGCCUUGGCCCAUCUAGGCUAGUAUUGUCCACACACUGACUGGCAAGAGGCUCUCCAGCAGUUUCAGGUUGGAGAUGCUGCUGGGGAACGGAAGCUGGGAGCUUCUGCAUGCCAAGCAGAUGCUCUACCGCUGAGCCAGGGCCUCAGUCCCAAACAGAGGGAAAGGAAAGGGCUGUAGCCCAGUGGCAGAUCACCUGCUUGGAAUGCAGAAUGUCUCCGGUGCAAUCCUCAGCAGCAUCUUCAGGGAGGUCUGGGAAUGUCCCCCUGCCUGCCUCAGAAUGUGUGGACUCUUACGGAGCACUGCACAGUAGCACCCUCUACAUAAAGCCCAGGUGUUGCUGGACUACAAAUCCCAUCUGCCUGGCCAGUUGUCAGGGAUGAUGGGAGUUGUAGUGCACCAAUGCCUGCUCAAGAUCUUGAAGCUCUGCCAGUCGAUAUCUGGCAAAGCAAGUUGGUUGUAAAUGCAACAGAGACCAGGCUAGCCCUUGCAAACUACUAUGGGAUGAGCAUUAUGAGAAGCGGGUAUGUUGUAACACUGAUGUCCUUCCCGGCACCCUCUCCUUUGGUAUCUGCCAUCUUCUGAAUCCGCUGCCACCCAUGAACUGCCUACAAGGACUGCCCCAUAUUUGCAGCCAAGUCCCAGCAUGUCAAAGUGCAAGUAGAUAAAUAGGUACCGCUCCUGCGGGAAGGUAAACGGCGUUUCCGUGCGCUGCUCUAUUUCGCCAGAAGCGGCUUAGUCAUGCUGGCCACAUGACCCGGAAGCUGUACGCCGGCUCCCUCAGCCAGUAAAGCGAGAUGAGCGCCGCAACCCCAGAGUCGGCCACGACUGGACCUAAUGGUCAGGGGUCCCUUUACCUUUACCCAGAAGCAGCGAAGUCCCCCCCCCCAAAGGCCCUCACUGGUCCACUUUCCAUCCAAAUUCAAGAGCAGCUUCCUGCUCCUUUUGCCAAAAACGUUCACCCAGCAUUAAGUCUGUGGAGAGAUGGGGGGAAUCCAGAAUUACGGGUAUGAAACAAACAGGGUUUAUUAAUUGCCUGUUGCAUUGUUAUCCAGUGAAACUGGGGCUGGGGACAUUGCAAAUGGGAGCCACGGGUAUGUCUUCAAGCUGCCAACUCUUGAGUUUUAUCUGCAGCUGAUAAAUCUCUGCGUGGAACUGACAUCUCUUAACUGCAGAGGCACAAAGUCCUCUGGUUUCGGGUAAAAUACCUGUGGCCUGCCUUGUUGUUUGGGGGCAAGGCACAGAUAUUUGGGGACACCGACUCUCUCCCAGUGAUGGUGCGAAAACAGUCGCUGUUAUCCAUCCCUGGCUGGAGCAGUUGACUCAGUAAUUCUCUCCAAGUUCACAAUGCAAGUACUUGCAAGUUCCGAAGCGAAGAAAGUGUGCUUGAAAAUGUUUUCGGCUGUGUGAUGUAAAUACAGUGGUACCUUGGUUCUCAAACUUAAUCCGUUCCGGAGGUCCGUUCCAAAACCAAAGCGUUCCAAAACCAAGGCACGCUUUCCCAUAGAAAGUAAUACAAAAUGGAUUAAUCCAUUCCAUACUUUUAAAAACAACCCCUAAAACAGCCAUUUAACAUGAAUUUUACUAUCGACGAGACUAUGGAUCCAUAAAAUGAAAGCAAUAAUCAAUAUACUGUACUAUAAAAUAAAUAACUAUUGUAGAUGAUAAAAUUUAAAAUUAAUUUUUUUCUUACCUGCACUGAUGAUAGUCAUUGUUUGGAUGGAGGGCUUUUAUCCAUUUCUGCAGUCACACAAUCAAUCAAUCCAUCAUAGCUGAACUGGGUCCCACACAGUAACAAAAAUAAAUGCACCGAAAAAGCCUCAAAAACGCAAAAUAAAUAGCAAAAACAAAAGCGCCAAACUUAAUCUGUUCCGGAAGUCAGUUUGACUUCUGAAAUAUUUGAAAAUCAAAGCAUGGCUUCUGAUUGGUGCAGGCGCCCCAGAAACAAUAGCCAACAACCGCAUCGGACAUUCAGCUUCCGAAAGACAUUCGGAAACCGGAACACUUCUGGGUUUUCGGAGUUUGGGAACCAAGGCAUUUGAGAACCAAAGUACCACUGUAUAGAAAUCAGUCCCUUUGGUGGGAGCACCAAUCUAAUUACUGCUGGGUAGUGCUCUCAAGUGAGGAAGGGUAUGCUUGAUCUAAAGUCCGUCACUAAAAAACCACCCUCAUUUUGGAUGGCAGGCUCUAUACCAAUCAAUCACUGUUAUUCAAGAAUGUGAACUGUUGGUUUUGGAAGAAAGGAAGGGGAGAAAAUGAGGUGGUUGUUAACUUAAGCGCACACACACAAUUGCUGCCCCAACAAUCGGUUCAACUCUUGAAUGAGCAAAAUGCAUUUCUGGGUUUUUUGCAUUGGGUAGAGUUUGGAGUUGGGACGCGGGUGGCGCUGUGGGUUAAACCACAGAGCCUAGGACUUGCCGAUCAGAAGGUCGGUGGUUUGAAUUCCCGCGAUGGGGUGAGCUCCCAUUGCUCGGUCCCUGCUCCUGCCAACCUAGCAGUUCGAAAGCACAUCAAAGUGCAAGUAGAUAAAUAGGUACCGCUCCGGCGGGAAGGUAAACGGCAUUUCCGUGCGUUGCUCUGGUUCGCCAGAAGCGGCUUAGUCACACUGGCCACAUGACCCGGAAGCUGUUGGCUCCCUUGGCCAAUAAAGCGAGAUGAGCGCCGCAACUCCAGAGUCUGCCAUGACUGGACCUAAUGGUCAGGGGUCCCUUUACCUUUACCUAGAGUUCAGAGAGGGGCAUCUUUUCAGGGGUUGGACUAGAUGCCCACUGUUUUUCCUUCCAACUCUACCAUUCCAUGAUUCUGACGGGCGCUUUUUGAUCAUGGCGGUUUGGUGGGUGCCCAGCGGUGGCAGAGGGAUGGGCUCAAGCAGUUGUGUGUGUGCCUGUGUGUGUGUGUGUGUGUGUGUGUGUGUGUGUGAACCCAGGUUUCACAUUCCUGGGUGAUUUUUUAAAAAAAUAUUUUUUUCGGGGUUGCUCUGAUCUGCUGUUUUCUUUCAGAUGAAGAAUCUCGCGAACUUUCCGGGAUUUGGAAACGCGACAAGGGCAGGGUGCAAAACAUGCUAGUAGGACAUGUCCCUUCUCACACUUUCUCAAGAGUAGACCUUUCCCCCUUGGGGUUAUGAUAAACUAUAAUCUAUUUUUAGUGUUAGCGAGUAGGGCUGUUAGUUUGCUGUUGUUGUUUUUUAUGAAUUGUGAGCGGGGCUGGUCUUUAUGUUUAAAAUUGGGUGGGGGAAGAACGAGAAGAGAAGCAUCACUAAGAACAAGAUGCUUGUUUAAGAAACGGGAUCGUCACAGCGCUGAGAGGCAAAAGCUAAUGGGAUGGGCUGAGCUAUAUCUUUGCAUGUGGGCUGCUGUUCGCUUCCUUCUGUGCUGAUACCUCACCUUCUGCAAAACUAAAAAUGCUUCUUACUGUGUUUGGUAUAAAGCCAGCUUUGUACCAUUUUGGGGCACGGGGAUCCCACUUCCAGAUUUUGCUUGCAUGGUCUUGCAGUUCUGCAAAGCACCUUGCCACUGCGGGCUUUUAAAGGCUUCCCUGGGUUGGGUUGGGAGGCAGUAGAUGCACCCAGGAAGCAAGAUUCACUGGCACAAUGUUUGCUAACCAGGGUUAAGGCUGAAGACUCACCUGGCCCAGCAGUUAGGGAGGGGAGGUAUACCCUAAAGCUGUACAAAGUUCUUGGCAGGCUGUGCUUAUGGGUUCCCCCACCCCAAAAGCAUGGAGGGGAAAACACAACUUAAUGCGUGCCCAAUCUCACAGGGGCGGCAUGGAGGUGAUGCAAGCAUGGAGGGAGGUUGAGCAUGCCUUAACAGUGCAUGUUAAUCUAUGGAACUCCUUCCCACAUGAGGAGUUUAGAGGGCUUUAAAAAUAUUAGACAAACUGCAAGCGGGGCUCUGGUGCUCGAAUUCUGCUUACCCACUGUCCUGACCCAGCAGACUCUUCUCAUGCACUAAUGGGAGCCAACACCAGGGGGUGCUGCUGGGAUCAUCAACCACCCUCCAAAUGGCCAGUGUUUUGGAGGCUGCCCAGUCGCAGGAGCCAAACACCCGUUGACUUUUCCUCCUGCUGCUGCCUUUUCCGGCUUACGGAAAAUCUCCCUUUCAAACUGAGAACAAAGCGUUAACUUUAAAGUCCAGGUAGAUCUCGAUCUCUCUCUUACAAUUUAGCAAAUUGUAGGAUAAUAAUAAUAAUAAUAAUAAUAAUAUAUUUAUAACCUGUCCAUUCGGCUGGGUUUCCCCAGCCACUCUGGGUCACUCCCAACAGAUUAAAAACGGAAUAAAACAUCAAACAUUAAAAACCUCCAGGUACAGGACUGCCUUCAGAUGUCUUCUAAACGUCAGGUAGUUGUUUAUUUCCUUGACAUCUGAUGGGAGGGCGUUCCACAGGGCGGGCGCCACCACCGAGAAGCAUAGCUGUCAACUUUUGCCUUUUUUAAAGGGAAAUUUCCUUAUUCUGAAUAGGAUUCCUCGCAAGAAAAGGGAAAAGUUGACAGCCAUGCCGAGAAGGCCCUCUGCCUGGUUCCCUGUAACUUCACUUCUCACAGGGAGGGAACCGCCAGAAGGCCCUCAGCGCUGGACCUGAGUGUCCGGGCUGAACAACGGGGGUGGAGAAGCUCCUUCAGGUAUACUGGGCCGAGGCCAUUUAGGGCUUGCUUUAAAGGUCAGCACCAACACUUUGAAUUAUGCCUGGAAACGUACUGAGAGCCAUUGUGGGUUUUUCAGGACCGGUGUUAUGCGGUCUUGGUAGCCAUUACCAGCCACCAGUCUAGCUGCUGCAUUCUGGAUUAAUUGCAGUUUCUGGGUCACCUUCAAAGGUAGCCCCGCAUAGAGUGCAUUGCAGUAGUCUAAACGGGAGAUAACCAGAGCAUGCACCACUCUGGCCAGACAGUCUGCGGGCAGGUAGGGUCUCAGCCUGUGUACCAGAUGGAGCUGGUAGACAGCUGCCAUGGACACAGAAUUGACCUUCACCUCCAUGGACAGCUGAGAGUCCGAAAUGACUCCCAGGCUGCGCACCUGGUCCUUCAGGGGCACAGUUACCCCAUUCAGGACCAGGGAGUCCUCCACACCAGCCCGCCCCCUGUCCCCCAAAAACAGUACUUCUGUCUUGUCAGGAUUCAACCUCGAUCUGUUAGCCACCAUCCAUCCUCCAACUGCCUCCAGGCACUCACACAAGUAGGUCUGGCCCUCUCUUCCCAAAAAGCAUAAAUUCUGGAGUGGUGAUCUGCCCGGUCACCCCUCCACUCAGCUCCCAUUGGCCACUUCCCAACAUUCCCCUUAAGGGAUUGGCGGAGGGCAGAUGGGAUGGAACUUUAAUGCACCUGAUUUUAAUGCCUGCCCCUCUUUGGGGAUGUAUGCUCAGCACAAAGGGGACAUCUCUGCCAGGAUCUCCCCCUUUCUUGCUCACUCCUUCCUCUGCCGCCUUCCAGGUAUAUUCCAACACACCAAGAAGCUGUUCCUGAGCGAUCAGGCCGGACGGGCGCAGGCUCUGGAGUUCCUGCGCCGGAAUGUCGCCAACUCCAUCUCUAUGGCCAACCUGGUGAUGGGUCUCUCGUCUGUCCUUUGCAGUCUGAAUGGGUAAGCCAGACCCUGGGCAUGUCCUCCAACAUUUCUCCUGUGAAACAAGGGGUGUCUAUUCAACAACAACAGCAGCAGCAACAACAACAACAACAACAGCCCACUCAUCUGACUAGGUUGCCCCAGCCACUCGGGGAGGCUUCUGUUAUAAGAAAAAGCCUGCUCCUUUUCCCUUAUGGGGUAUCCAAGAGUCCAUAUAGAGUCCUUAAGUGGGUUCCCUAUCGGUAGGAGAAAAUAACAGAGGCCAGCCAGAGAAUAUUGAGAAGCAAAGCAGCUAGUAAGCCUGAUCUUUAUUAACUGUUGCAACAGGGUCCUCACUCACAACAUGCAUGGUGUGCACACCCUUAUAUAGACUUUUGAAAUUGCCCACCCUGUACCCCAAGACCACCUCCCAAAACAUCAUACAUACAUCACAGAAGGAAGCAGUCUACAGCAAAAAUCCUGUCUGCCAGGAUACCUGGCAAUGGUCACUAGUUGCUUUACCUGGGCAGCCUGGCUAUUCUUUUGUGAUGGUAAAUACCUGAAUUCCUGAAUCCAGGUCACAGGCUCACCCUAUCCAUACACAAAUACACCUUUAACACAGGUAAGAAAAGACAAUGGAGAGGCUUUCCCAUUUCCUUCCUCCUUGCAGAGAAAUGUUUGAGGUCAAUUUGGGAGAGUCCAAAUGGUUUGGGAGAGUCAAAAGUGGCUUCAGGAUUGCUCUCCUGUACUAUUUCAGACGCGUGGUUUAUAUACUUACGCAUGUGUUUACCUUGUAAACUUAUGAACAUUUGAUUUAUAUAUUUGAGACCUUAAAUUCUUACAACACUUCCAACAUAUAAAAAAAAUAUAAACAAGGGAUUGAACAUUUAAAAACUUCCCCUAUACGGGGCUGGCUUCAGAUAUCUUCUAAAGGUUUUAUAGUUAGUUAUCUCCUUGGCUCGGGGGGACGGGGGUGUCGCAUAACUCCAUACCCUCCAACAUUUUCCCGAUUUAAAUAGGGAAAAGCGGGACAUUCCAGAAUCAAAUCAGAAACCAGGACGGAUUUGUCAAUCCGGGACUGUCCCUUGGAAAAUAGGGACAUUUGGAGGGUCUGCCUUCAUCCACACAGGGUCACAGGAGGUGGGGCCAGGGUCGAAGACACUUUGAUAGGCCCCGAUCCCCUCCUCAUGCGCUUGACCGCUCCUUGCUUCGCUUGGCGGCUUUGGGAACAUUGAGGCCGCUCAGCAGGGCAGCCGUGGCAAUGUGUAACAGGACUCUCCCGUCUCUCCCCUCCACCAGGCAAUAUAAUUAUGCAUGCUGGCUGGUCCUGAUCGGAUUUUUGCUUGACCUUGCGGACGGCGCCGUUGCCAGGCAGCUGAACGCUUGUUCCGCGCUGGGUAAGUACCUCCUUGCGAAAGCCUCCACGCUCCAGCCUUGGACCUGCGUUGCUUAGCAAGCUCACGAGCGCUCAUCCGGAAGAUCUCAUCGGAUCAGAUAGUUAGGCAGGAUGGCAUUUGCUCGCACAAGAUGUACCAAAAAGAGGAUUGGGGGGGGAAAUUUCCAAGGAGGAAAAAGCUAGUGAUGGCUGCUCUCUGCCGGCGAUAAAUCAGACAGGCAGUCUCCCUGCUAAGUUUCGGGUGCCAGGUCAAAACAAGCCUCAUUGCAGAAAGCUUUUGAAUGUCUCCACUGGGACUGUUACAGGUUCCACACAUCACUCAUUCCAUAAGAUAUCCAUCUUCUAGUUUACUUUGGAACUCCCUGCCUCUUGACGUCAGGCAGGCUUAAAGCAUUUCUGUUUAGCCAAGCCUACCCAGACAUUGGGACGCGGGUGGCGCUGUGGGUUAAACCACAGAGCCUAGGACUUGCCGAUCAGAAGGUCGGCGGUUCGAAUCGCCGCGACGGAGUGAGCUCCUGUUGCUCGGUCCCUGCUCCUGCCCACCUGGUAGUUCGAAAGCACGUCAAAGUGCAAGUAGAUAAAUAGGUACCACUCCGGUGGGAAGGUAAACGGCGUUUCUGUGCGCUGCUCUGGUUCGCCACAAGCGGCUUAGUCAUGUGGCCACAUGACCCGGAAGCUUUACACUGGCUCCCUCGGCCAAUAGAUGAGCACCGCAACCCCAGAGUCGGUCACGACUGGACCUAAUGGUCAGGGGUCCCUUUACCUAAGUUCCAGUGUUAUGCGAGAAGAAAAGUUUUCUGCCUGCCUGCCUGCAGACAAAAUUUUACCUUUUACCCAGACAUUUAGAAAGCUGGGGUGUCUUUGAAUCUGGCUUUUAGCUUAUCAGUUAUUGCAAUUAUUUUUUGAACCUUUCAUACUGUUGGGGUUUUUUUAUAUACUGAUCAUGUCAUCGUUUUAUUCUUCUUGCAAAGUGCUUUGAGAUUAUGCUGUGUUUGUACAAUCAAGUGGUAUGUAACUUUUAUGAAAUAAGUACUUUUCUGAUGUUUCGAGCUAUGUUUUAAAUCUUGUAUAUUGUAUGUUUUAGGGUUUUAGGAUUAUUAUUAUUUACUGUAAGCUGCUUUGAGUCACAGAAUGGAAAACACAAAUUCCUUAAAGAAAUAAAUACGCUGCCCUCUGUCGAAGGCAGUAUGCUAGGAAUCACAAGUGGAGAGACAGCCAUCGCUUUCAGGCCUGCUCAGUUUCCCCUUCCGAUACUGUGCUCUUUAUUUUGGGCUGGUGUCUUUAUGCAUUUUCUAGAGAUAUAACUGUAUUUUUUAAUUAUUCUGGUACCCCUUCCCAGGCACUUUUUUGGGAAGGGGGUGGCGGGGCCACCAAUAUUUAUUGUUAUUCAUUACAUUUAUAUCCCAGCUUCUCCUCCAAUGAGCCCAAGAUGGCGCACACAGCUCUCCCCAUUUUAUCCUCCCAACAACCUUGCGAGGUGGGUUAGUCUGAGGCACAGGAACUGGCCCCUCAGUGACCUUUAUGGCUGCAUGGGGGAUUUUGAACCCUGGUCCACCCAGGUCCUAAUCCAGCAGCCUAACCACCACGUCACACCGGCUCUCGUUGUUAUGUACGGAAGUUCUCACCCUGGGCCAGCAGGGGGAUACUGUAGAUAGUUUUCACUCAGGUCCGCAUAUGCAAAUAAGGAAUUGAAAGUGACGUUCAGUGAUUGGAUAGUUACAGAAAGUUGUUACUGUUGCUUUGUAGUUGAGCUCUAUAUAAGCAGGCUGGCUGAACCCUUCAGUUCAGUUCUGUUCUGGCCUGUGAGUAAACAAGAGCUGUUUGAAGAAUCGCUGUGUCGCCUGAGAUGUUCACCCAUGACUUAACACUCGUAAUAAAUUAAACCUUCGAGUUUGAUGCCCUCCAGGGGGCCAUACUGGAGAAACGUCACUACGUAUUUUGGCCUCUACGGGGUGCUCAUCUUGUCUCCUGCCCAGGGCUAACUGGCACCCAUCUUUGACAUUCCGUAGGUGCCAAGUUGGACGAUUUUGCUGAUUUCACUUCAUUUGGGCUGGCCACCGCCCUUCUCUUGCAAGCCCACGGGAUCCUCGACGGGCUUCUGGUGAUUGUGUACGUCUUGGCUGUGUUCACGCGCCUGUGUUUCUUCUCUAGCGGUGAGUCCACAGCCGUGGCAAUAACAUGGCCACGUUAAGUUUGGCUGCAGGGGUCAUAUUCGCUAGUUCCAUAUAUUCAAGCAGUUUAACUUGCCACUCCUCUUUCGAUGGGAUUUUAUCUCCUUUUCACCCCUUGGAAACAGCAUCCUCGCUGCUGUUGUUGCGUACAAAAAAAAUAAUAAAUCCUUUUCUCUCUAGGAAUGUCUGGUGCCAUAAUACCUAAGAGGAAGACUUCAGGCUUUUUGAUAAACUUUGUUUGAAACAGUUUUUUCAAUUCAUUAUAUAUAAGUUCCCAAAAGCUCUUAAUUUUUUUGCAACCCCACCACAUGUGGUACAUUGUUCCCUCUUAACUAUCUACACCUCCAGCAUAAAUUUGAGUUGGUUUUUCUACAUUUUGGCCAAUUUGCUAGGAGUGAUGUACCAUCUGUAAAGCAUCUUCAUAAAUUUUCUUUUACAGUAAAACAAGCCGUAAAUUUCAGUUCCCUUCUCCAUAAAUUUUCCCAUUGUCAUCUGUAUGUUCUAUCCAGGGCCAGAUUUAGGUCUGAUGAGGCCCUAAGCUACUGAGGGAAUGGGGCUCUUUAUAUGUCCAGCAGUCCUUCGUCAACAACAAAUUUUCACUGUUUUUAUGUUGAAUAUAUGCUAUAUGGUAAUUUAUGGACCUAAUAAGUAUAGUUAUACCUCGGGUUGAAUGUGCUUCGGGUUGAGCGCGUUCAAGUUGCGCUCCGCAGCAACCCGGAAGUAACGAAGCACGUUACUUCCGGGUUUUGCUGCUUGCACAUGCGCAGACGCUCAAAAUGACGUCACGCGCAUUCACGGAAGCGGCAAAACGCGACCCGCGCACGCGCAGACACGCCAUCGCUUGUUACGUUCGUUUCAGGGUGCAAAUGGGGCUCCGGAACAGAUCCUGUUCGCAUUCCAAGGUACCACUGUAUCUAAAGCCAUUUUAUAUGUUUUUUAUCUUAUAUUUUGGAAAUGUACAUCCAUUUUUUUUUUCUUUAGAGAGUGGGGCCCUAAGCUAUAAUUUGUUUAGCUUUCAUGUAAAUCCGGCACUGGUUACAUCCAAAGUCCUUUGCCUACUGCACCAUAACCAAUUUUACUUCAUCUUCUUUUAUUUCCCAGUCUAACAAUAAUAGCCUGUACAUUCUGGAAAGUAAUUUGUCUUUAUUUUUUAAUAGACCUUUCUCUAAUUCUGAUUUUUCUGUCGCAAAACCAAUGUUAUUUUAAUCUCAAAUAUGUCGUUCAAUUGGUGGUAUUGUAACCAAUCUUGAUUUUUGUCCUCUGCACAUUAGCUUUUCAUGUUUGUCAUAGAAUCAUAGAAUCAUAAAGUUAGAAGAGACCACAAGGGCCAUCGAGUCCAACCCCCUGCCAAGCAGGAAACACCAUCAGAGCACUCCUGACAUAUGGUUGUCAAGCCUCUGCUUAAAGACCUCCAAAGAAGGAGACUCCACCACACUCCUUGGCAGCAAAUUCCACUGUCGAACAGCUCUUGCUGUCAGGAAGUUCUUCCUAAUGUUUAGGUGGAAUCUUCUUUCUUGUAGUUUGGAUCCAUUGCUCCGUGUCCGCUUCUCUGGAGCAGCAGAAAACAACCUUUCUCCCUCCUCUAUGUGACAUCCUUUUAUAUAUUUGAACAUGGCUAUCAUAUCACCCCUUAACCUCCUCUUCUCCAGGCUAAACAUGCCCAGCUCCCUUAGCCGUUCCUCAUAAGGCAUCGUUUCCAGGCCUUUGACCAUUUUGGUUGCCCUCCUCUGGACACGUUCCAGUUUGUCAGUGUCCUUCUUGAACUGUGGUGCCCAGAACUGGACACAGUACUCCAGGUGAGGUCUGACCAGAGUAGAAUACAGUGGCACUAUUACUUCCCUUGAUUUAGAUGCUAUACUCCUAUUGAUGCAGCCCAGAAUUGCAUUGGCUUUUUUAGCUGCCGCGUCACACUGUUGGCUCAUGUCCAGUUUGUGUUUUUGCUUCUGCGCAUCCACAGGAACAGUUUGCUCCGAGUCAACUCACCACCUCCCUUUCCUCUCAUCUCCUUAGGGAUGCCGUUCAUGUACCGGGGGCUGCCCUGCCCGUAUGGAGCAUCUGUCCUGGCAGCCACCUACCUCCUGACAGGCGGCAACCUGCUGGUGAUGCGUAUCAUCGCCAUGGUGAUGAUCCUCUUCAUGGUGGACCAGGGCUUCUACCCUCACGACAAGGUGCUGGAGUCUCAGCCCUGGAAGAAGGCCGUCUUCGCAGGAGGUGAGUGCAGAGCUGCGGGCCCCUUCAGCUCAAAUAAGGAGGAUACCCUCAUGCUGAAAUCUCUCUCUCUAGCUAUCCAUCGGUCUAAAGAUAAUAAACCUUUCUAAGAUGGGUUCGUGCGGAAACAUUGUCAUCAGGUCACAGCAAAAUGUUACCUUGGUUCCUGCAUUGCAGGGGUUUGGGCUAGAUGGCUCCACAAUUCUGCGAUUCCAUGAUUCAGUUCAGCCUGAAAAUUAUGGAGAACCUGCAAUCCUUAUAUAGUCAAACCUCGGUUGUCGAACGAAAUCCGAAAUGUUCGACAACCGAGGCAUAGCUUCCGAUUGGUUGCAAGAGCUUCCCGCACUCAGGCGGAAGCCGUGUCAGACGUUCGGCUUCCGAAAAACGUUCAAAAACCGGAUCAUUUACUUUUGAGUUUUCGAGAUGAAAUGUUUCAAAACGGAGCCGUUCAGGAACCGAGGUUUGACUGUAGAAAUGAUUUUUCCCUGCUUCUAGAUUAACUUGCAUGCUGGUAGCCUGGAAAGCCUUUGUCCAGCAAUCGUGGACAAAUUGGUGUUUCUUUGGUUAUUUUAAAUCAUGUUGAUAGGCUUCAAUCUACAUGCUUAUUGUCGAAAGUCCUGGUGGGGAACCGUUGGUGGCAAAUAAGUCUAAAGAAACUAUAUCAGAAUAAAUGAAAUUUAAAAACCAAACAUGCACUUUUCGUUUUUGUGGAAACAGAAUUGCAUGCUGAAUAUUCUUUCGUUGCUUGGGGUUGGUCUGGAUGAGCCCUGGAAGUCCCUUCCAACUUUACAAUUCUGAAAUUUCUCUCUCUCUGGCAUUGCAGGGAUCUUGAUGGUGAUGUUCUCUGCCACCUACUUCGCCUCGCUCUACUACCUGCUUUGGUCCUCGUCGUAUAUCUUCUUCCCAACUGCUCUGUGGAGCCACAGAGUCUAA